AGCACAAAAACGAGUUCGCCAAUUGCUUCACCAGCUGACUUGAUUAGUUGCCAUGUAACAUUUUAAUGAAGUAACAUUUCCUAAAUUAUAUGCGAAUAACAUUACAAAUAGUACGGAUAUAUUACAAGUGCACGCACUUACCUAAUAUUACACAAAAAUUAGUUUUCUUCGCGCUGUGGUGUGGGAAGGCCACCCAAAAUGUCUCACUACAGUGACGCCGAAGACUCUAUUAAAGACAUCCAAGACUUCGAGAUCGGUUUGAGAAAAAGAAAACUAUGGGAUCCUGAGAGCGAAAGUAUUACUUCGGAGAUAAAAGAUCUACUCGAUGAAGAUGUUAAUUCUUUGGUGGAGGAGGACUGCGUUGGCUGUCCCUUGCCUUCCACACCUGAAGAUGAGAACAUCUUGGAUUCUGAGAUGAGUGAUGUUCUUAAAGCUGCUGUUUUAGGUACAGCAAACCUACCCCGAUUUGCAGGUGAUGAAUUGGACAUAUCGGCGCUGGCGCACAAUGCCGCCAGCCAAGCCGAACACGUUGUCCGGAAGAUGAUCCAGGCCGGGUGGUCGGUGUGCCACUUCAGGAAUCUGCCGGCUUGGCUCCAGGACAACGACUUUCUAGUGUUCGGCCAUCGGCCGCCCCUACCCAGCUUCAGGGCGUGCUUCAAGAGCAUCUUCAGGUUGCACACGGAGACGGCCAACAUUUGGACGCACUUGCUGGGCUGCGUCGCUUUCAUAGGUAUUGCCAUAUACUUCCUCAUGAGGCCCGUCAUAGAGAUCGAGCUCCAAGAGAAGAUCGUCUUCGGCGCCUUCUUCGCCGGCGCCAUCAUCUGCCUGGGGUGCUCCUUCAUGUUCCACACCGUCAACUGCCACUCGCAAUUCAUAGGCAAGCUAUUCUCGAAACUCGACUACUGCGGGAUCGCCUUACUCAUCAUGGGAUCCUUCGUGCCGUGGCUCUAUUACGGUUUCUAUUGCCACUUCCGACCCAAGGUGGUGUACCUCUCGGUGGUCUGCGCCCUGGGCGUCACCAGCAUAAUGGUGAGCCUGUGGGACAAGUUCUCGGAAUCGGGAUGGAGGCCCUUCAGGGCGGCGGUAUUCAUGACGUUUGGCUUGAGCGGCAUAGUCCCGGCGAUCCACUACGGUAUUGUCGAGGGGUGGUUCAACUACGUCAGCCAGAAGUACCUGGGCUGGCUGGUACUCAUGGGGUUGCUGUACAUAGUGGGCGCCCUGUUCUACGCGCUGAGGGUGCCCGAGAGGUGGUUCCCGGGCAAGUUCGAUAUUUGGCUGCACUCCCACCAGAUUUUCCACGUUUUCGUGCUGGGCGGGGCCCUCGUGCACUACCACGGGAUCUCCGAGAUGGCCAUGCAUAGGGUCACGAUCGGGCAGUGCGAGAUGCCCGACUCGCCCCUGUAUUAACGAAAAAGGGAACCAAAGAAUCAAUUAGUUUUUUUAUUUAUUGAGAAAAAUUUUAGUUUUACACGCGCCUCGCUGGUGUUGGACUUUUUAGAGAGUCGGCGAUUACGAAAGGAAUUGUUUUUAUUAUACCCUAUUUUGUUGUG